UAGUUGCUACAAAGAUAAAGGAUGUCCCUGAUGACCAACCGGGCCAGCUCUGCAGGAUCUGAUGGGGGAGGACAGGAAAGGAAGACGCUGACCUCUGCUUGCACAGUUCAGCAAGAGCACAGUUGGCCCGGACGUAGGAUGCCAGAAGCCCAACACUCUGACCCCGGCGAGGAUUUCAGACUGUGAGUCCUACGUGGGCCUGGGACCGUAACUGACCUGACUAAUUUAAAUCCACCCCAGCACUUAGAACAGUGCAUGACAUAAGAACAAGAGCAUUUUGGAGGCAAGGGGAAGGAAAAGUGAGCAUUUCCUCAAAAUGGACAAACAUCUGCUUAUCUUAUUCCUCCUUGGUCUGGUCAUGUCUAAUCUCUGUUUAAUGGCGGCAACCAUACAACAGGGAACAAAUAGAUGUGACAAGAAGAUGCUCGUUACAGCCAGGACUGAGUGCCGAUCUUGUUCUCUAAACUCUCAAAUCAAAUGUCCGGAGGGUUACAUCAAAGUUACCAACGGUUCCUCUGGAACACGAGAUUGCAGAUACCCCCUUGAGAUAAGAACCUACACCUUAUCUCUCCCAGGGUGCCGACAUAUCUGCAGGAAGGAAUAUCUGCAGCCACAGUGCUGUCAAGGACACUGGGGCCCUGACUGCAUGGAGUGCCCUGGAGGAGCGGGAUCACCCUGCCACCAAAGAGGGAGGUGUUCAGAUGGUAUUCAAGGAGACGGAAGCUGUACAUGUCUAGAAGGAUUUGGAGGAACGGCCUGUGAAACAUGUGCUGAGGAUCAUUUGUUUGGACCCAAUUGUACCUCAGUUUGUCAGUGUGUCCACGGAGUGUGCAACAGUGGAAUAAAAGGGGAUGGUGCCUGCACAUGUUAUUCUGCGUAUACAGGGGCUUACUGUGACAAGCCCAUCCCCGAGUGUGAAUCCUUGCAGUGCCCUGAAAACUCCAGGUGCUCCACUUCUAAUGUGGAUGAGUCCAAGUUGGAAUGCAAAUGUGUUCCAAACUACAAAAGAGAUGGCAAACACUGUCAGCCUAUCAACCCAUGUUUACAAAACGUCUGCCACGCUAAUGCUGAUUGUAGCUAUCUGGGACCAAAUCGCCAUAAAUGUUCAUGCCAAGAAGGUUACAAAGGAGAUGGCAAAGUAUGCUUACCGGUGGAUCCUUGUCAGGAGAAUUUUGGAAAUUGCCCAACAAAGUCCACAGUUUGUGUGUUUGAUGGCCCUGGGAAGUCACACUGUGCCUGUAAAGAACACUACAGAAAUUUUGUUCCUGGAAAAGGUUGCAGCAUGACUGAUAUCUGUGAGUCUAGGAACCCCUGUCAUAAGAAUGCCAACUGUACUACAGUUUCACCAGGCCAAACUGAGCAUUCUGAGAAAUAUGUGUGGGCAGAGAGAAGGUGUACUUGCCAGAAGGGCUAUGUGGGUGAUGGGUCACUGUGCUAUGGAAACAUCAUGGAACGACUCAAGGAAUUGAAUACUGAACCCAGGGGACUAUGGCAGGGAAAACUGACAUCUUUUAUAUCAUUGCUUGAUAAAGCCUACGCUUGGCCUCUCAGCAACCUGGGACCGUUCACGGUGCUGGUACCGACAAACAAGGGGUUAAAAGGAAUUGAUGUAAAGGAUCUUUUGACCAAUAAAGAAAAUGCUCAGUACUUUGUAAAGCUUCAUAUAAUUGCUGGUCAGCUGAACUCAGGGGGUUUGAAUAAUACAGAUACAUUUUAUACUUUGACUGGAAAAUCAGGGGAGGUAUUUAGUAGAGAUAAGGAUAAUCAGUUUAAACUUAGACUUUAUGGGGGCAGAAAAAAAGGAAAAAUUGUACAGGGGGAUAUAAUUGCUUCCAAUGGAAUCUUGCAUAUUAUCGAUAAAGCUCUGGACAAGAUGGAGCCCACGUUUGCAAGCAACGCAGAGGAAACUAUAAUGACUAUGCUACAACCAAGGUACAACAAAUUCAGGUCCCUAUUAGAGAAAACCAAUGUGGGACAAGCUUUAGAUGAUGAUGGAGUUGGCGGGCCUUAUACCAUCUUCGUUCCAAGUAAUGAAGCCUUGGAUAACAUGAAAGAUGGUGUUUGGGAUUAUCUACUGUCUCCAGAGGGCUCCAGGAAACUUCUGGAAAUGGUCAGGUACCACAUUGUUCCUUUUACUCAGCUGGAAGUUGCCAACAUUAUCUCAAUCCCCCAUAUCAGGAGCAUGGCCAACCAGAUGAUACAGUUUAACACCACCCUCAGCGGCCAAAUCCUGGUAAAUGGAGCAGCAACAGAAGAAAUUGAAGUUGUGGCCAGAAAUGGCCGAAUUUACACUCUGACUGGUGUUCUUACACCUCCCUCCAUCGUUCCCAUUUUACCCCACAGGUGUGAUGAGACCCAAAAAGAAAUGAAAACGGGUACUUGUUUAAGCUGUUCUUUGGUGUACUGGAGUAUUUGCCCUGCUGACUCAGAACCCACAGCCUUGUUCACCCAUAAAUGUGUCUACACAUCCAAGAUGGGAACCCUGAGAUUUCCCAAAAGUGGCUGUGCCAGAUACUGUAAUGCUACGAUUAAGAUACCAAAGUGUUGCAAAGGCUUCUAUGGUCCAGACUGCAAUCAGUGUCCAGGAGGAUUUUCCAAUCCGUGCUCAGGAAAUGGACAGUGUGCGGAUGGAGUCAGUGGAAAUGGGACUUGUAUGUGUGAUGAUGGAUUUCAGGGCUCUUUUUGCCAGUUUUGCUCUGAUCCCAAUAAAUAUGGCCCUCGAUGUGAAAAAAAAUGUGCAUGUGUUUUUGGAAAAUGUGAUAACAGAAUUGAUAGUGAUGGGAACUGCCUGGCAGGAUCCUGCCAAAGUGGCUAUGCUGGGAAAUUCUGUGACAAGCAGACCACGUCAUGUGGGCCUUUUGUCCAAUUUUGCCACGCCCACGCCAACUGUGAAUACAGCAGUGGUGCCGCAAGCUGUGUUUGCAAACCUGGCUACCAGGGAGAUGGAAUAAUCUGUACAGAAAUAGAUCCUUGUGCUGGUUUAAUCCCGGGAGGUUGUAGCAGCAAUGCAGACUGCAUUAAAACUGGCAUCGGGACUCACUCUUGCGUGUGCCAGCCUGGAUGGACGGGAGAUGGGAGAGAUUGUUCAGAGAUUAACAAUUGUUUGCUGCCAAAUUUUGGAGAGUGUCACACAAAUGCUACUUGUUUGUAUGUGGGCCCAGGACAGCAUGAAUGUGAGUGUAAGAAAGGAUUUCGAGGCAAUGGGAUUGACUGUGAGCCAAUAAAAUCCUGCUUGGAACAAGAAGGAAAAUGUCAUCCAUUAGCGACCUGCCAGUCUACUUCUUCAGGUGUCUGGAACUGUGUUUGUCAAGAUGGAUAUGAGGGUGAUGGUUUUAGGUGCUAUGGAAAUGCAGCAGAAGAGUUGUCAUUUCUAUCAGAAGCAGCUGCAUUUAAUCAAUGGGUGAACGAAGCCUCUGUUCGCCCGAUGCUCACAGCCACUGCCAACCUUACUGUCUUGGUGCCUUCCCAUCAUGCGACUGAGAACAUGGCCCCAGAUGAGAAAACCUUUUGGAUGUCAAAGAAUAAUAUUCCAACUUUAAUAAAGUAUCAUAUAUUAGUGGGAACAUACAGAGUAGCUGACCUUCAGAUCCUGUCCUCUUCAGAUAUGUUGGCAACAUCUCUGCGUGGCAACUUUCUCCAUUUAACUAAAGAAAAUGGGAACAUUACUAUUGAAGGAGCCAGCAUUGUCCAGGGUGAUCAUGCAGCCACCAAUGGAGUUAUACACAUUGUCAGCAAGGUUCUGAUACCCCUAAGAAGUAUGAGUGGCUCAUUACCUACCCUCCUCACACGACUAGACCAGAUGCCUGAAUACUCCAUCUUCAGGGGUUAUAUCAUUCAAUAUAGUCUGGCCAACGCAGUUGAAGCAGCCGAGAGUUACACUGUUUUUGCUCCAAAUAACGAUGCCAUUGAGAAUUACAUCAGAGAAAAAAGGCUUUCUUCUCUAAAUGAAGACAUUCUCCGGUAUCAUAUUGUUCUGGAAGAGAAACUUUUGAAGAAUGACCUGCACAAUGGCAUGCACCGGGAGACAAUGUUGGGGUUUUCCUACCAUGUGGGCUUCUUUCUCCAGAAUGGACAGCUCUAUGUAAAUGAGGCACCUAUAAACUACACAAAUGUUGCUACUGACAAGGGAGUUAUUCAUGGUUUGGGAAGGGUUAUGGAAAUCCAGAAAAACAGAUGCGACAACAACGACACGACAAUAAUACGAGGAAAGUGUGAGAACUGUCUCUUUCGACCAUACUGCCCACCAGGAACCAAAGCUUUAGCUGAAGAGAUGAAGAAAUGCAUCUCCACCAAUUAUUUCAUGGGAAAGAGAUCCAUGUUUCUCGGGUGCCAGCCAAGAUGUGUCAAAACCGUAAUUACAAGAGAAUGCUGUGCAGGUUUCUUUGGUCAGCAGUGCCAGCCUUGCCCAGGAAAAGCUGGGAAUGCCUGCUUUGGAAACGGGAUCUGUUUGGAUGGCGUGAAUGGAACCGGAGUGUGCGAGUGCGAAGAAGGGUUCAGCGGGACGGCCUGUGAGACGUGUACCGACGGCAAAUAUGGCCCCAGCUGUGAUCAGGUGUGUGCUUGUGUCCAUGGGAAGUGUAGCCAGGGAGCAGAGGGAGAUGGCACCUGUGAAUGUGAAGUUGGCUGGAGAGGCGUAAAAUGCGAAAGCGAAAUCAAAGAAGAUGAAUGUAAUGGGACAUGCCACACCAGUGCUAAUUGUCUUACCAAUCCUGAUGGUCCACCGUCCUGCAAGUGUGCAGCUGGCUUUCAAGGGAACGGGACAGCCUGUGCAGCCAUCGACGCCUGUGAAACCCGCAAUGGCGGUUGUUCUGCCAAAGCAGACUGUAGAAGGACCACCCCGGGAAACAGGGUUUGUGUCUGCAAGGCUGGAUACGCUGGAGAUGGAAUUGUGUGUCUUGAAAUCAAUCCUUGUUUGGAAAACAAUGGUGGCUGUGACAAAAAUGCAGAAUGCACUCAAACAGGACCCAAUCAGGCGGUCUGCAAUUGCUUGCGAGCAUAUUCGGGAGAUGGAAAAACAUGUACCCUCAUCAAUAUCUGCCGAACGAAAAAUGGCGGCUGUAGUGAAUUUGCUAUCUGUAACCAUACCGGACUGGAUGAAAGAACUUGCACCUGCAAACCGGACUAUAUUGGGGAUGGCUUCAACUGUCGUGGGACUGUCUAUCAGGAGCUUCCCAAGAAUCCAAGAACAUCCACCUAUUUCUAUCAGCUUCAGGAAAACUUGGUCAGAGACCUGGCCAGCCCAGGCCCUUUCACCAUCUUCGUGCCCUCUUCGGAAGCUUUUGAGGAAUCCCAGGUUAAAGACUGGACAACCAAGGGAAUAAUGCCCCAGAUUCUUCGGUAUCACAUGGUAGCCUGCAACCGCCUGCUCUUUGAUGACCUGAAGUCGACCCCAAAUAUUACAUCUCUCCAAGGGGAAAUGCUCAAGAUCACCUUCUCUCAGGAUACAGUAUAUUUAAAUGGCAAAGCUAAGAUCAUAUCCAGUGAUGCCAUCAGCACCAAUGGUGUUAUUCAUGUUAUAGACAAGCUAUUAAUUCCCCAAAACACGCAGGUCAUCCUCAAGGAUACAUCAGGAAAUAAUCGGGAGAAUCUUACAACAGUGGCUACAAGCAAUGGAUAUAGCAAAUUUAGCAAGCUACUGCAGGAUGCAGGUUUGCUGAGGCUUAUCAAUGAUCCCAUUCAUGAGCCUGUCACUUUGUUCUGGCCAACUGAUGAGGCUCUUGGUCAAAUGCCCAUGGAACAGCAGGAUUUCCUGUUUGGCAGUGACAAUAAGGACAAGCUGAAAGAGUACUUAAAAUUCCAUAUCAUCAGAGAUGCCAAGAUUUUAGCUGUGGAUCUCCCUAGUGUGGUUUCUCGAAAGACUCUUCAAGGUUCCGAAAUCAGUGUGAAAUGUGGAGAUGAUAACAAUAUUGGUGAGCUGUUUCUGAAUGACAGGAAGUGUAAGAUUGUGCAGCGACAGCUUGAGUUUGACAGUGGCAUUGCUUAUGGCAUUGACUGCAUGUUGAUGGACCCCAGCCUGGGCGGUCGUUGUGACAAUUUCAUCACCUUCAAAGUGUCGGGGGAAUGUGGUAGCUGUUAUAAUACUCCUGGCUGCCCUGUCUGGAGUAAACCAAAGGGAGUGAGACAAAAAUGUUCUUAUAACCUGCUCUUCAGAAGGAAUUUAGAUGGCUGCCGUCAGGUGUGUACCAUGGUCAUGCGUGUGCCCAAGUGCUGUAAGGGUUACUUUGGCCGAGACUGCCAAGCCUGCCCUGGAGGACCUGAGAACCCUUGUAAUAACCGGGGUAUCUGCACUGAUGAGUACUUUGGAGCAGGAGAAUGCAGGUGUAACACAGGCUUCAACGGGACUGCAUGUGAACUGUGUUUGCCCGGAAGAUACGGGACAGACUGUAAACCCUGCGAGUGUUCUGGACACGGACAAUGCGACGAUGGGGCCUCCGGCUCGGGACGAUGUUUUUGUGAAACCGGAUGGACUGGCCGGUUCUGCGACACCAAAUUAGCUUUGCCACCAAAAUGCUCACCUCCUUGCUCUAACCAUGCCGUCUGCAAAGAAAACAACACCUGUGAAUGUAACCUGAAUUAUGAAGGAGAUGGAAUAACAUGUACAGUUGUGAAUUUUUGUGCGCAGAACAAUGGAGGCUGCUCAAAGGUUUCCAAGUGUUCUCAGAAGGGCACAAAGGUCACCUGCACCUGCCAGAAGGGCUACAGGGGAGAUGGCCACACCUGCAUCCCAGUGGAUCCCUGUGCAGAUGGAUUUAACGGGGGUUGCCAUGAGCAUGCCAUCUGUACAAUGACGGGACCGGGCAAAAACAAAUGUGAAUGUAAAAGUAACUAUGUUGGGGACGGGCUGGACUGUGCCGUGAUGCAGUUCCCCAUCGAUCGCUGCUUGCAGGGCAAUGGGCAGUGCCACGCCGAUGCCAACUGUGCCGAUCUCCAUUUCCAGGAUUCUUCAGUUGGAGUCUUUCAUCUGCGUUCUCCCCAAGGCCAAUAUAAGUUGACUUAUGACAAAGCCAAGGAAGCCUGUGCCAAUGAAGAAGCAACAGUAGCCACAUAUAAUCAGCUCUCCUAUGCUCAGAAGGCUAAUUACCACUUUUGCGCAGCAGGCUGGCUAGAUAAUGGAAGAGUAGGUUAUCCAACUGCCUACUCUAACCCAAACUGCGGAUCCGGAUUUGUUGGAAUAGUUGACUAUGGGCCUAGAGUCAAUCGGAGUGAAAUGUGGGAUGUAUUCUGUUACAGAGUCAAAGAUGUGAAUUGUACCUGUAAACCAGGCUAUGUGGGAGAUGGCUUUGCAUGUAGCGGGAACCUGCUGCAGGUUUUGAUGACUUUCCCCAUGUUCACAAACUUUCUGAUGGAUGUCCUAGAGUAUUCUAAUAGUUCAGCAAAAGGCAAAGAAUUCCUGAAACAUCUUACUGACCUGUCCAGUCAAGGUACUUUCUUCGUCCCAAAUAAUGAUGGGCUCAAGGAAAAUGAAACACUUUCUGGGAGAGACAUUGAGUAUCAUCUGUCGAACGUCAGCACCUUGUUUUAUGAUGACUUGGUUAACGGGACCACUCUUCAGACCAGGAUAGGAAGCCAGCUGCUAAUUACAUUUGGCCAAGACCCACCCAAUACAAAUGAGACGAGAUUUGUUGAUGGCAAAGCUAUUCUCCAGUGGGACAUUUAUGCUUCAAAUGGGAUCAUCCAUGUCAUUUCUGAGCCUCUAAGGGCUCCCCCUGCACCAGCUGCUUCUGUCCAUGCUGGAGUUGGAGCUGGGAUAUUCUUUACCAUCACCCUGAUUCUCGGAGGCAUCGCUUUCGCUGGGUAUUCAUACCUCAGGUUCAGCCGGAGGACCACUGGCUUCCAGCAUUUUGAGUCAGAAGAGGAUAUAACCGUUUCAACCCUGGACAAACCCUCGAAUAUCUCUAAUCCCAUGUAUGAAAGUUCUACAUCAUCUCCACUGGAAGCCACCGAAGACCCUUUUUGCGAAUCCGACGAACAGCAGCUUGUGACAAGCGGAGCUCAUGGCGAGCUUUGAGAGGAACUGAAAUGGGACUUGUUGGAUGUGCAACACUAAUUUUGGUCAGCAGAGCCUCCAAUUAGUAUUUACUGUGAAUUUUCAAAUGCCAGUCAGUUUCAGGAAAGUAAGGCCCUCUAAAAUAUUAGAGAUUCUGCAGAUCCAGACCCUCAUUUGUCUGUCUGGGUUGUUUUUUGUUGUUGUUCAGAAAUGGAAAGAGAACAUACUGAAUUUCUGCCUGUGGCUAAAGAAGGGCAGCAACUAUUUUUUUUUUUUUAACAUACUGGAGAUGGGACAAAACCAUAAAACAGAAAAAUAUUUUCAGCUGGGUCGAUCUGAAACCUUAACCACAAAAUCCUUUUCUUCUGAAGACAGCACUUUGUUAUGAGUACACUUUACCUCUUGGGACCUCCUCCCAUAAUAAUGUACUGGCUGCAUCUUGCUUAUAAUGACUAUUUUCCCUUGGGGACUGUGUUCUGGGUGUGUGCACUUUUUCAAUCUUUCAUUGCUCAUAUUUCCCAAAUGCAAUGCUUAUUUGCAAAAAACAACUUUUGUUAAGUCCA